UCACCUUGACAACAUGAAGGCACUCUUCUUCCUAGCUUUUCUUGCUCUGGUAGCAAGCACAUCCUUUGCACAAUACGCAGAAGCUCCAAGCGGGGACGUGGAAGGUCCCAGCGCUGGUGGUUAUGAGAAAUGGGCUGCAGAAGCUCCAAGCGGUGACACGGAAGGUCCCAGCGCAGGUGGUUAUGAAAAAUGGGCUGCAAAAGCUCCCACCAUGAGCACUUCUGAGCAAUGUGAGCAUGAACAUAUGAAGCUAGACUCUUGCAGGGAUUACUUGAUGGAUUGGUGCACACCAAAGGGGACGUGGAUCACCUGGCCAUGGGAAUGGAUGAAGAGUAGCUGCGAGGAGAUCCGGAAACGGUGUUGCCAGCAACUGGGGCAAAUGGCAUCACAAUGCCGCUGCAAGGCUAUCUUUAGAACAAUCCAAGGUGAGGUCGGUGGCUUUGGUUCUCAAGAAGGUCAGAAAGCUAGAGUGAUGGCGAUGGCCCAGCGCUUGCCCUCCAAGUGCAAUGUGGUCCCAAGGUCCUGCAACAUCCCCAUCACUAGUGGCUAUUAUUGGUGA